GAAGAAAGACGAGAAUUCAUAAACGUUCGUGUCGGAAGUGUUGAAAAAAUACUUUUUCGUCCCACUCGAUGUGCUGUGCGUGAUUUCUGGUUGAACAUUUACUCUGCUGGGAGUGAAUGCAAGUUGGAUCUAGCGAAGGAUAUAGGAAUUCUGCCCUUUUUCCACGUAGAAUUCUUUUUUCGAUGGCUGGCUGGCUGAUCGACUAGAGGAAUAUAAGGUGUCUCAUCUGUCCAACUAACACCCAUCCCUAUCUCGCUCUCUCUCUUGUGUAGUGGCCCAUUUUGUGCAUAAUUGAAUGAGAGUAUGCGUGCGUCGUUCACGUUAACGGAAAGUGGUAUCUGAAGAGGCCGUACAUUUUCAGUGAAAACUGACGAGAAGCAAAAAAAAAGGGUCUCAAUUAGUCGGAUUCCUUUCUUAUCCUGUCGCUGUAAAUGUUUGACAUGCCAUGAGAAUUAGCAGAAUCGAAGAAAGAAUGGAAGAAAAUAGUUCGCUGGGCCAUCAAAAUGGUGGCGGAGGCCAGCUGGGUGGUAUCAGUAGUGCCGGAAGUGGCAUCCAGGGAGGAGGCGGAAGUCUCGUAGGAAUCACAAAUAACAGCCCGAGUGGGGGAAUGAACAACAACAAACCCAACAGUAUCGGAGGCACAGGGAACGCCAACAACGCCAGUGGCCAGGACGAACAAAACAACAAAGCUGCACCGACCCAGUACUCGAUUCCCGGUAUAUUGCACUUUAUCCAGCACGAGUGGGCUCGGUUCGAGCUGGAGCGCUCCCAGUGGGACGUGGAUCGUGCUGAAUUACAGGCGAAAAUAGCUGUACUAUUAGGUGAACGGAAGGGUCAGGAAUCCCUCAAAUCUGACCUCAUUAGGCGUAUUAAAAUGUUGGAAUACGCGCUGAAACAGGAACGGGCGAAAUUCUAUCGGUUAAAGUACGGUGUCGAUCCACCGAUGAAUGACAUCAAACCUCCUUCGGAUGACCCGGGCAUUGGGACCGAAGUCGCUCCAGAUCCCGAAGUACCGUACAGCUCUGUUUCUAACAUAACAUGGAGGCAGGGCAGACAACUGCUGCGUCAAUAUUUGCAAGAGAUUGGUUACACCGAAACCAUCAUCGACAUUCGUUCGAAUCGGGUCCGUUCGUUACUGGGCCUGAACAACAAUGGAGAGCAGGAGGAGAACAUAAACCCAAACGUCAACGGAGGAAACGAAACCAACAAACGUGCUAGUGAGUCACAAGGUCGUCGUACGCCGGCGAAAAAGUCUCAAACUUCCUCGAUAACUGAAGCAAUGAUACUGGACUCGGAAGCGGCAGUUAUAGCAAAUUUCGAAUUUCUAGCCCAAGCUGAUACGGAAAUGUCCGAUGAUGAUGACAUGUCCGAUGAAAUAGGCGAGAGCGAGGAAACGGACAUGAAAACGACAAAGCGAAAAGCCAAAGGUGUUACUAUGAAUGACGAUGAUGUUGAUGCUGAAGCGGAUGAAGUAAUCAAUGAAUUAAAUCUACUAACAGAAGGUGAGGACAGCAAUUUGACAGAAAACAGGAAAGCUGACGGAGGGGAUUUAUUUGUUGGUUACAAUAAACCCGCAAUACCACGCCACCCCACGAUACCGGGCAUCACCAACGAUGAGGAGGUCGAUUCUUCCCUCGGUCUCGGCGAAUUGGCGCAGUUAACGGUCAACAAUGAAGCUGAAUCGACAUAUGUUGAUAUAUCCAACGCGAAGGAACCAUAUCGUAAGACAUGGAAUGCCAAAUAUACACUGCGGUCGCACUUUGACGGUGUCCGAGCGCUUGCGUUUCACCCACAGGAACCAGUUCUAAUAACUGCCUCUGAAGACCACACGCUAAAGUUGUGGAAUUUGCAGAAAACCGUGCCAGCCAAGAAAUCAGCUAGUCUCGAUGUGGAACCCCUCUACACGUUCCGUUCGCAUAACGGCCCGGUGCUGUGUUUAGCAAUGUCGGCAAACGGUGAACAGUGCUAUUCGGGUGGUCUAGAUGGCGCGAUCAACUGCUGGAAUCUGCCGAACUCCAACAUUGAUCCAUACGACAGCUACGACCCCGAGGUAAUGAAAUGCACGCUGGAUGGACAUACCAACGCCGUGUGGGGCUUGGCAGUCAAUCAUGCCAAGAACAGUCUAGUGUCCUGUUCUGCAGAUGGUACUGUCAAAUUGUGGACACCCUCUGGGAAGAUUCCACAGUUGAACACUACGUUUACUUCCGACACAGAAGGUAUUCCAACAUCGGUUGAUUUUGUCCGAGAUCAGUCCGAUAGAAUAGUGGUCGCGUACAGUAGUACACAUUGCAUAAUUUACGACACGGAAACUGGAAGACAGGUGGUUAAGUUGGAGGCAAGUCAAGAAAUGACCGGAAACAUAGGCAAACACAUCAACAAAGUGGUUAGCCAUCCAACGCUACCAGUCACGAUAACAGCGCAUGAGGAUCGACACAUUCGUUUCUGGGAUAAUACUACCGGCUCACUGAUACACUCGAUGGUGGCUCACUUGGACGCGGUUACCAGUUUGGCAAUUGAUUCCCACGGACUGUAUCUGUUAUCUGGUUCGCAUGAUUGCUCCAUCAGACUGUGGCACAUGGACAACAAGACGUGCGUGCAGGAGAUUACUGCACAUCGCAAAAAGUUUGACGAAAGCAUAUUAGAUGUUGCAUUUCAUCCAUCAAAACCGUAUAUUGCUAGUGCCGGUGCAGAUGCAAUAGCUAAAGUGUUCGUUUAAUGUACUCCCAAACAAAACAAAUAAACAAAAAAAAAACACAGAAAUGUUCUUCACAUAAUUAUAUAAACGUAAACGAAGGCGGGCAGUAAAACAAGCAAAAGUUGGCGAUACGCAUGAAACAAAAAAAGGAAAGUAGUUGUUUUUAAUUAUCACGAACAUUCUAGUUACAAAAUAAUAAUUAAAGGAAAAAGAAGAAUGAAAGCAAGUAACAACUGACUUAGUAAUAUGCAUGAUAAUUUUUACAAAAAAAAACACAAAAUUCACGUGAAAUACACGAGUAACACACAUAUACAACUACACGAAUCUAGCCACACAGUAUCUGGAAACUGACUGCUACCAUGAAAUGUGUGAUAUGCAAGGCAUCUGUUCCACGGGCCAACAUAAAACAUACCUUAAAUCAGUCAACAUUCAAAUCGGUCAUUGGAAGGGAAAUAGUGAAUACAAUAAACGAAUUUUUAUAGACUACUUAUAAUCACAUCAAAAAUGGAUUGCUAGAAUGAAAAAAAACGAAAAAACAACCCAAAUUUAGUUCCCCCUUUUCGAACGCGCUCUGCUAAAUCAUGUGUCUGCUCGUAGCGCUUUUGCUUGAGGCGAACCAAUAGUAUACUUCCUGUAUGAGACAGUCACCUCCUGAUUGAACACACACACACACACACAUACACACAUUAUUUCACACUCGGGGUAGUCCGUGUAUCUUUUAAAAAUAGUUCUUCUCUUCUUUCGCUAGUAAAACGGGGAAAAUAAUGUGUUUAAGCAGAGAUGAUAAUGUUAAAGCAUGACGACUCAUUCAUGGAUUUCAACGUGAGUUUUAGAUCUUAGUGUAGAAAGUGAUAAGCGAUAUAAUAGAAAUUAAAGAGAAGCAAAUAUGUAUAACAAUGUGACACUCUCCUUCACAAACAGACACAGACACACAUACACACGUGCAGACGUGUUGGUUGAGGAGCAGAUAAAAAGUGUAGUCACCGAAAUUAAGCAAGCUAAAAGUUCUAUCAUGAAAUCGGCAAAAUACAUUCACCGCCGAUUUGCGCGCGGAAAACAAUAAGAAACAAAGUAAUAAAAUGUAUUUAUUUUACUCAUAUAUUCGUAAUAUGUUGUUAAUUAAUAAUUUGAUUUAUUAUAAAUAAAGUAUAGAUUAAUUAUGAUUUGCUUCCUUCUUUUUUUAUUGGAUCUAAACUUGUUUUAUGGUUUAUUUUCCGUAUCUACAACAAAUCAGCGCUGGUCCGUUGGUUACAGAAUUUUUCUUUAUUUCUCAGUUUCAGAUUUUUCUGCAGCAUUCUUAACAAUAAUAAGUGUUAAUUUAUGUUAACCCGAUAGCAAUAUACAGAUACACAAAACACACACACACUUUUUAUAAUAACGAUAAUUGAGCCAGGAACUGUUCAAAUAUGCAAGAAUAAAGUAUAACAUAGUAUUUCGUUACACAGCUCAGCUACUCGGUGCGAUUGAACGAUGUAUGUGUAUUGGCUUUUCCGGGAGGUGGCGGUGCCACAUGUGUCAGCAAGUAUCAGAUGAUGGGUGGCUACAACAAUUCCUCGUUAACCGAUGGCUUUAUUUGAUUUUUAUCCCACAUUCAACAAGCUGUGAAAAUGGGAAUUCGAUGUCGCGAUCUUGUGUGUUUUUUUCUGUUAGUUUCAAAUCACACGACCGAUGCAGAGUACAUAUAAUUCCCAAUGUUUAUCACGAGUGAAUAACUUCGUGACUUAAAAAAACUACCGAUUCUAAAAUUAAUGAUGCUCACAUUGCCUCGAAACUUCCUCAAGUAUUACGAUUGAACACGUAAUAAUCCGGAGACGAAAAUCGUGUUGGGAUUUGAAAAUGCGUUUAAUUUUCCAUAUUUCAUUGUAACAGGUAUACAUGAGCAGAUAUGAUUAUUGUAAGAUAAUUGUUUCAGUUUUUCGUGCACGGUUCAUCAUCUUUUGCCCAAGCCCUUACAGUUGCAUUUAAAAAUGAAUAAUUUUCGUAUGGCGAUAAAAAAACUACAAAAGAUGAUUUAAUGGUACAAAUUUCCCAUAAAACAUAAUUUUAUUAAUCAUAUUAUUGAUCAUGAUCAUGUUACAUUUCUACGCCCUGUCGGACGGCCCUCCGGCAGUUGGACGGAAAUUUGCCAUUGCUGUCGAAAAAAUACUUAUAGGCAGGUUUUUCAGACCAUUCUCAGUUUUAUUUAAUAGGUUCUCCUCAGUUUCGCCACAAAAUUGUUGGAGUAGACCCUCCGCUUCAGGUUUGUCCAAAAUGUCACGAUGGGACGCAGCUGGAGGACGUUCGGAAGGUUGGAACAACCCAACAACAUUUAUCUUCAAACGGUUCAUCUCAUCCAGCGACUUUUCCGCGUGAUGGGUGGAGACUAGGUCCGGUCAGAACACCACACCCUCGUCCGGAUAUUUCUAUUUCUAUACUGGGGUGUAAGCUCAGAGUUUCGAAAACGAGAGCGCUACGUCAGACCAACAGCGUUUUGAGCGUUAACCCCUACCCGUAUUAUUUAAUACAUCACACAUCAAAUGAUUUCACUAGCCUUCUGAGCGUUCAAGUGCCCUACUUUAUUCAAGUACCCACGAGCGAGACUC